AUGUCUAGUACUGAAGAGCCAGUGCUUGGCGCUGAUGAGAAGUAUGAGAUCGCUGUCUCGUACGGGACCAUCAUAUCUACAGGUGUUUUGGCAAUCCUGGUUGGCGGCACGAGGCUUUAUGUUCGUAAGUUCGUGAUCAAAGCGUUCGGAUUGGAUGACUGGGCUUGUCUCGUUGGUUUGAUCUCUGUAACCAUAUUCAAUGGCAUUGGGCUGGCUGUCGUACACUACGGCGUCGGGAAGCAUAUCGAACAUGUUUCAUUAUACUACAUCUGCAUAUGCAUAUACUUGUUCAUUUCUCUAGCCGUCAAGUCCAGCAUCCUUUUGUUACUACGGCGGGUGUUUCCAACCCCGUAUAUUCAGUACACGACGCUCGGCCUGCUCAUAUUCCUUGUGCUCUUUACGAUAUCGGGCACACUCGUUGCCGCAUUCCAGUGCAACCCUCCCAAAUACGCUUUUGAACUACAGUUCCUUAUGUCGCCUGACAGGGUGAAAUACUGCUACUCGUCGGAUGUUGCCUAUGGAAUUUUCAUGUACCAGGCUGUCCUGCUAUUUGCUUGCGACAUCAUCAUCUUCCUUCUUCCAUUCCCUGCAUUGAUAAAACUCAACAUGGGCUCUGCCAAGAAGACGGCGCUUCUGUUGGUCUUUGGCAGCGGCCUAGUAGCCUGCAUUGCACCCGCCAUCAGAUUCGAAAGUAUACAGUUCUAUAAGUCUGGAUCUUCAGACACAACUUUCGCGGGGGCGCAAUCCUUGUAUUGGAUGGCCAUUGAGUACAACCUUGGCUUGGUGGCCGGGUCAUUGACGGGACUCCGGCCUCUGCUUUCCAGAAUCGGAGUGCUAUUGUCAAGCAAAGGAGACUCGAAUUAUAAGAGCAAUCAGUUCACGCCAUCUUAUCGACUCGAAAAUCGCGACAACAAACACUGGGCUUCCAGCCAGCGCAGUGCCGCCAAAAACAAUAGGCAUCAAGGGGACAGCAUCCUCGAACCCACGGUCUUGGGCGACCGCAAUUCCGACGAGAGUGGCCGCCAGCACAUACUAAAGACCCAGUCUAUUAGCAUUACCGAGGAAGAGCGGGUCGAUCCAGAGGACAAGAAGGUCAGAUCUUUGCACAGAUCCGAACGAUGGGAGAUGCAAAGCCGAUACGGUGGCGAGGUCGAGCCCUCAAUUGACUACAUCGGAGCUCUAAAUGCCGACCAUCCGGGUUGA